AUGAAUGAAGAUACUAUCAUGGAGGUGAGGGAAGAUUUCAUGGUUUCACCAGCUGGUGACAGUGAACCAACUUUCAGAACAGCCCAUUUUCUAAAACCAAUUUCAAACUCCAUUGCUGAGCCACCUUUUGAUUUUACCCCAUCAUCAACUUGUUCUGUGUUUGAUCCAAAGGAAUGGCCUUUGAAAUUCCAUUUCAGUGGGUGGCGCUUACCACCAGAUAAAUGGUGUUACUGGGUUGAUGAGCUUAAACCAUUGUAUGAAUCAGUGUGGAAGAAAGCUGGAAUCUUUGAAGCUAUAAUGAGCUCUAAAUGCUACAUGCAUAAAAAUCAAAACUUGCUGCAUGGGGUUGUGGAGAAAUGGUGUUGUGAGACAAAUACAUUUGUGUUUUCAUUUGGUGAGGCAACGAUCACUUUGGAGGAUGUCAUGGUUUUGGGAGGUUACCCUAUCAUCGGUCUUCCGGUUUUUGCCAAAGUUGAAGACCAAGAAAUGAGAGAGGUGGAGAAGAAACUGAUACGUGCAAGGCAGAAACCUUGGCAGACUAGAAAAUCUAAGGCUACCACAACAAUUUGGAUGGAUAUGUUCCUUGAUGCAGGUAGUGAAAUUGAACAUGAAGCGUUUCUUGUUACUUGGUUGUCAAUUUUUGUUUUACCUCACAGUAAUUUAGUGAAUCAAUCUUUGUUUCCUAUUGCUAUUCAUCUUGCUAGAGGGAAUCCGAUUGCGUUGGCACCGGCGGUCUUAGCUGGCAUAUAUAAGGAUUUAACUUUGUUUAAGAAAACAAUUGUUGAUUUGUCGAAACAUGUUGCUAGAGGUGAUAGUUUUCCUUUAGAAGUUACUUUUCAAUCACCUUUUUACUUGGUUCAAAUUUGGGUGUGGGAGAGGUUCAAAAACUUACAACCACAACCCAUGUUGAUCAACCAUGAAGAUCCUUUAUUGUUGAGGUGGCAUAAGGUUCAGGCCUUGAAAAUUGACGAUGUUAAGUUGGCAUUGGACUCCGCUGUCGAUGAUUUUCUUUGGCGUCCAUAUGGUAAAUAUGCUGAUAAGUGUGGAAUGUUUUAUCCAGAUGAUGAAACUUGGGUUCCGUUUUCGAAAGAGUUGGACAAAGCAAUGCUCUCAUUUGCUAUAUGCUUGAGAGUUUCAGGGCUUGUUGGAUUUGACUCUAUAGAGCAGUAUCUGCCACAUAGAGUUGCUAUGCAAUUUGGAGUAGAUCAAGACAUUCCAAGUUAUGUGUUGAGAUUGAAUGAGACUAAAGAGGUUUCUUGGAAAAACUACCGCAGGCUCAUAAUUGAUAAAAAUUUGUAUUUUCCACCAAGGUUUUUUGAGGCAGAUGUUACCAUGCGUUAUGCAAGGUGGUGGAAGGAAUCGGUAUUGAGUCACGGCGAUUUUAUCAAGAAAAUUGUGCAGAAGAAGAGAAGUUCAAGUUCAAGAAAACAUAGACCUUGUCUCGGAAAACUUAUCAGAAGUUCAAAUGAAGUUGGUGUUCCUCCUGGAUUUCCUCCGAAUCUUGUGGACUGUCUUAAUUUUGGAAAAUUUUGUUAUGAGCCUGCUUCGGAAAAUUCUACCCGUGAUUGUGUGAAAUCCGAUGAAAAUAUUGACAGUCCUUCCGUAUCUGCUGAGGAUUGUAAGCCUGUGUUGAAAGAGUACAAGUGUGGUGGCAAAAUUCACGAGUCUGACCAUUUAAUCGGUCAAUGUUCUUCAGCCUCUUUGGGAGAUUCUGAACAGAUAUUGCCACUGAAAAGGACAAUUACAAAUGAUAACAUUGAACUUUCAAUAGGUGAUUUGGAGGAAGAUUUUGAAGAUGAAAAUGAGAGCAAAAGGUUUUCUAUCAGAAAAAAAGUCCUUUCGUACAACGAUGAAACUGUUGCGCAACAAGACUUUUGGUUUCACUCUGAUACGGCUGCUCAAACAGAAGCUAAAGAAACAGUUGAAAAAAAAGAUAAUGAUGAAGUUAUUGUUUAUUUAAAAUCGCAAAACUUGAAGAAUCAAGAGGAACUCGCGCGUCUUGCAAGACAACAGGAAGAGAUAUUACGGUUAAUGGCUUUGAGCGAGAAGAGAGAUGAAGAGUUGAGACAACUACUCCUUAGUGUUCUGAGGAAUCAACAACCACCACCACCAUCAUCUUAA